CCUUUUCUUACUUGUAAUAAUUUAUAUAAAUGGUCCUAAAAGCUCCUAAACUUUGAUCACCAAUAUCUCCAUCCACUACCAGCCAACUUCCAAUAUGGAGGCACCUUCUUGGGCUAUUCUAGCCUUAACAUGGCUAGCUUCAAUUGCCCUUUUCCAUUACCUCACCACCACCCUCGGCCGCCGCUUCCGCCGCCACAAACUGAAGUACCCGCCGGGCCCUAGACCGUGGCCGAUCAUCGGCAACUUAAACUUGGUUGGUUCAGUCCCACACCUAUCCUUCCACAACUUAUCCCGAAAGUACGGGGAAAUAAUGCAACUCAAGUUCGGCUCGUUCCCUGUCGUGGUCGUCUCGUCUCCCGAGAUGGCAAAGGAAGUCUUGCAGACACAGGGCGAGACCUUUGCUUCCCGGCCCGCGACUGCGGCCGGCAAGUACACUGCCUACAACAACUCCGACAUGGCGUGGGCCCCUUACGGCCCCCACUGGCGUCUAGCAAGGAGACUCUACCUCAACGAGCUUUUCAGCCCGAAGCGAAUGGACUCCUACGAGUACAUCCGCGUGGAGGAAAGGCGCGCUCUGAUGUUGCGCCUCUUCGCCCUCUCGGGAAAGGAGACCGUGAUCAGGGAAGAACUGACCCGCUUCACGCUAACGAACGUGAGUCGGAUGGCGUUGGGAGAAAAGUACUUCAGCGAAUCACAAUCGGGUCGGUCUUCUUCGAGAGUGAAGCUGGAAGAACUCAAGGAGAUGGUGGACGAGUGGUUUCUGCUUGGCGGGGUGUUCAAUAUCGGGGAUUGGAUACCAUGGCUUGCUUUCUUGGAUUUGCAGGGCUAUGUGAAGAGGAUGAAGGCUCUGUACAAGAAAUUCGACAGGUUUCACAAUCAUGUGAUCGCCGAUCACAAGGCGAAGAGGGAAGCUGAGAAGGAUAAUUUUGUGGCCAAGGAUAUGGUGGAUGUUGUUUUGCAACUUGCCGAUGAUCCGAAUCUUGAGGUUGAGCUAAACAGUGAUGGUGUCAAAGGCUUACUACAGGACCCAAUACUUGGCGGAACCGAUACAUCAACAAUGACAAUGGAAUGGGCAAUAUCCGAGCUCCUAAAACAACCACGACUCCUCCAAAAAGCAACUGAAGAGCUGGACAGAGUCGUUGGAAGAGACAGGUGGGUGGAAGAGGAUGACAUCCAAAACCUUCCUUACAUUUGUGCAAUAGCAAAGGAGACUAUGAGGUUUCACCCGGUUGCUACGCUCCUUGCACCCCACUUAUCCAUCGAACAUUGCAAAAUUGCCGGCUACGACAUCCCUAAAGGAACAACUGUGUUUGUAAACACAUGGGGUAUAGGCAGAGAUCCUAGAUAUUGGGAGGAACCGGAAAAGUUCCUACCAGAGCGGUUUUUCGGGAAAGAUAUCGACGUGAAGGGGCACCAUUUCGAGCUAUUGCCUUUUGGUUCAGGCCGAAGGAUGUGCCCUGCCUACCGUCUUGGACUAAUGUUGAUCCAGUCGACCUUGGCUAAUUUGGUACACGGAUUCAAGUGGGGAUUACCCGAUAAUGUGAAGCCCGAAGAUGUAGACAUGUAGGAAGAAUACGGACUGACUACGCAUCGGAAGAACCCAAUUGUUGCUGUCGUUGAGCCACGACUUUCUGCUCACCUCUACGUUUAAUCAGUUAUUUGUCUGAAGAAUUUUUAUUUGUUGAUCGCUAGUUGUUGUCGAUGUAAUUUCGCUUGCAAUAUUACCGAUGUUGUUGAGCUACAUUUAACACAUAUAAAAGUUGUUAUAAAUCUAUACGUAAUUUGCAACAUUCUUUAAGGGAAGUGAUUUUGCCA